UCAAAAAAAAAAAACAUAGUUAACUCCGCCAAAACAGAAGAUGGCAGUAAUACACCGCAGGGUGUAAAUAUGCUCAUAACAAUCGAAAGAAGCAAAGAAUGGAACGAAGUGAAGGUAGUUUACGAUUACGCUUUCCUGAAAGACGAUAAUACUUCUUUGUGAACACUGGAAAUCAUGAUAAAGAGUCCAUUGCAAAUCCAUUGCAAGGAGUGCACAAAAUAUUUUUUUGAAAGUGGAUUACAGCAUUCUUUCUUGAUGUUUACAUGGUUUUAUUGCUAAUGUCCAGACUUUACAUUAUUAACAAUAUUAUUAUUAGCUUUGAAUUCUCUGCCCCACUGGAUAAGCUUCACUAACAUUACUACUUAUGGCAGAUGAAGUUAAAAGAUCACCUUGGCACUUCAUCACAUUCUUCAGGAACCAACCAGAGAGAGUUCUGUUGUCUCGUAGUGAUAGCUCUUCAGAGGAGCGUGUUUUGAAGAUUACUAUUACAGAGACAACAGUCAUUGAGGCAGACUCUGGGAUAUGGAACUCACGUGCUCUGGCCUUCCUAGUCCUAUGGUAUUUUUUCAGCUUCUGCACUCUUUUUCUCAACAAGUACAUAUUAUCACUUCUUCAGGGAGAGCCUAGUAUGUUAGGGGCUGUUCAGAUGUUAUCAACAACAAUAAUUGGCUUCUUUAAAAUGUUUAUUCCUUGCUGCCUGUAUCAUCACAAGUCUCGUUCUGAAUACCCUUCGAACUUUCUGAUGAUAAUGCUUUUUGUGGGUUUAAUGAGGUUUGCAACAGUGGUCUUGGGUUUAGUGAGCCUGAAGAAUGUGGCAGUGUCGUUUGCAGAGACGGUGAAAAGUUCUGCCCCCAUUUUUACAGUCAUCAUGUCUAGGUUUAUACUUGGAGAGUAUACUGAUCUCUGGGUGAACAUUUCUCUGUUUCCCAUAAUGGCUGGCUUGACUUUGUGUACAGCAUCAGAAAUUAGUUUCAACAUGCUGGGCUUCUCUGCAGCAUUGUCUACUAAUGUCAUGGACUGUUUACAGAAUGUUUUUUCAAAGAAGCUGCUUAGUGGAGAAAAAUACAAGUUCAGCCCCCCAGAGCUCCAGUUUUAUACCAGUGCUGCUGCUAUAAUGAUGCUUAUUCCUGCAUGGAUAUUCCUCAUUGACAUUCCUGUAAUUGGUAGGAGUGGUCGCACCUUUAAUUUCAACCAAGAUAUAGUAUUGCUGCUUCUCUUUGAUGGGAUCCUGUUUCACCUUCAGAGUGUAACAGCAUAUGCUUUGAUGGGCCGGAUUUCUCCUGUUACAUUUAGUGUUGCAAGUACUGUGAAACAUGCUUUAUCAAUAUGGCUUAGCGUCAUCGUAUUCAGCAACAAAGUUACCAUCCUGUCAGCGGUAGGAACAGUCCUUGUUGUUAUUGGAGUGAUGUUGUACAACAAAGCCAGGCAGCUCCAGAGAGACAGCUUCCAAGACUUGGCCCAGAGUUCCAACAAGGAGAACCACCAGUUGCUACUUCAAGAUGAUGAUCUUAAAAUGCCCAUCAAUUGACCAAGUGAACAUUUCAGUUGCAGAUAUUUAUAUCUUUGAAUGAUAAGGAUUUUUUUCUAUGAAAAACAUUUAAUUAAUAUAUUUUGAUGCUGUCUAUCAUAAAACAUUUGCCAGUAUUCUUCUUUAUGACCUUGUGAGUAAAGCCAAGGUGGAAGAAGGAAUGUUGAAUACCUACCAUACAUCAUUAUUAGCUGACACUUUUUUAAUUUAAAGAUAACCUGAAGAUGUAUUUAUGAUUUCCUUUUUUCAUAUCAACUAACAAGAGAACCCCAGCUAGAAAAGGCAUACCAUGAAAAACACUUUUAUGUUUUUGUUAUAUAAAGUCUUUGAGUGCUUGUUGAAUUUUCAAAGCUGGAUCCAUACAACAUUCUAUUACUAUUAUUCCUUUUACCUUUUGAGUUGUUUAGGAGUUACUGAUUAUGAAGUACAUGCUAUUUUCUAUACGCUUUUUAUUUUAAGGAGUACACAACUCAAAAUGCAAACAACUGAGGAAGUUUACUCUCAAACUUUAUAACUGAUUUUUUUAUUUAAAAUUUCAAAGCUAGACAUGUUACUUGAAUUUAAUCUAUAAUAUGUCUCAUUUAUUUGCAAUUAAAAUCAGCAAAUAGUGACAGAUGUUUUUAAAAUAAAACGUUUAGAGCUUCAUUAUACAGGAUGUUAAUUAUAUGUGUAUUUAAUUUUGUAUUAAUGAUUUGUUUUACUCAAACUGUAUUUUAGAUGUUUGAGCCAAGCUGCCAGCUCUCUAUAAAGACUUGGAAGCCUACUAAAGAUUGCAGUACUCCCAAAGCUAUACACUAGCUUGACAUUUGUUGUUAAGCCGUAUUCAAUGUUAUUACAUCUUGCCCUUUAUAAUAAUCAUUUCUUUAAUUGGUAUAUUGAUUGUAUCAGAAUAGCCCCUACAUGGUUUAAAGUUUGUUAACAAAAUCUUGCACAUUUUUUAAUUAGUAGUUCCUGACUUGGCCUUAUUACACAUUCCUUAACAUUUGCCUUGCUAUGCUUACCUUUGUGUUAAUGUAUUUUUUAUGUUCAAAUUGUGUAUUUACAUGUUUUACUUUUAUUUUCAUCCUAUGACAUUUAUUUGCAAUUAAAUAUGUAUCGUGGCUUUUCUUUUCUAUUCCUUCCACUGAAAUUGGGUUUACAUAAUACUAGCAACUGACGAAGUCUUUUAUCAGUGUGUUAUGUUAAAUAUGACAAAUCACUCUACAUUGGAAAUCUGCACAUUUAAUGAAAAAUAAAUGAUAUAUAUUUUCCAAUUUAUAGACCUGCCAUUAUAUUAAUAUUCUGUUUACUACUCGUCACAUUUUUAAUUAGUUUGAAUUUUAAUACUUUUCAUAUGUAAAUAAAAGUUGAAAUGCAGCUGCUUAUCACAUCUGUUUUAUGUAAGACAUGGAUAUAACAAAGGCAAUAUGUGUAUUGUACUUAAUUGUACAAAAAUUUCAAUAAACAUCUCCGAUAAUA